GACUCCCGCGGAGCUCGAGGGCGCCGGCUCUUCCGCGCGGGAAAUGCGAGGGUCGGAUCUCCGCCCGGCGCCUUCGGCAGCAGGCAGCGCAGACGCGGGGAGGGAGCCGGGCACUGCCCCCUGGGAGGGUCCAGCGGGGACACUGUCCCGCCUGCCGGCCUAAUCAAUACCUCUUGCCCUGGGGCAGUGACCCUGAUUCCGGCGGGAACCAGCCCCAAGGGCAGGAGGAAGGAGGCCUGGGCGCAGACGCCUGGCACCCGCGCCGAGAAUCAUGUCUGCGGGCCGCGCGCACCUCUGGGUGCUGCUGGCCCUGGGCGCCAGCCUGGCGGGCUGGGGCGUCCAAGCGGGCCCGGCGGGGGUACUCCGGCAGUUCUACGUGGCCGCGCAGAGCGUCACCUGGACCUACCGCCCCGAGCCCUCAGACCCCAGUUUGAAUCCUUUGACACCUUCUUUUAAGAAAAUUGUCUACAGAGAGUAUGAACCAUAUUUUAAGAAAGAAAAACCACGAUCUAACAUUUCAGGACUUCUUGGGCCUACUUUAUAUGCUGAAGUUGGAGACACCAUGAAAGUUCACUUUAAGAAUACGGCAGACAAGCCUGUAAGCAUCCAUCCUCAAGGAAUUAGGUACAGUAAAUUCUCAGAAGGUGCUUCUUACUUUGACCACACAUCCGCUGUGGAGAAAAUGGAUGAUGCGGUGGCCCCAGGCCAGGAGUACACCUAUGAGUGGGUCAUCAGUGAGGACAGUGGGCCCACGAAGGAUGAUGCCCCGUGCCUCACACACAUCUAUUACUCGUACCAGAAUCUGACAGAGGACUUCAAUUCAGGGCUGGUUGGGCCCCUGCUCAUCUGCAAGAAAGGCACCCUAACUGAAGAUGGGACUCAGAAGAUGUUUGACAGACAACAUGUGCUGCUGUUUGCUGUGUUCGAUGAAAGCAAGAGCUGGAGCCCAUCGCCGUCUGUAAUGUACACAGUCAAUGGUUAUGUGAAUAAAUCAAUGCCAGCUAUCACAGUCUGUGCCCAUGACCAAAUCAGCUGGCAUCUUAUCGGAAUGAGCUCUGGGCCGGAACUGUUCUCCAUUCACUUCAAUGGCCAGGUCCUGGAGCAGAACCAUCAAAAAGUUUCCACUGUCACCUUGGUCAGUGCUACCUCCACUACAGCCAACAUGACUGUGAGCCCAAAGGGAAAGUGGACCAUAUCUUCUCUCAUCCCUAGACAAUUUCAAGCUGGCAUGCAGGCUCACAUCAAUAUUAUAAACUGUCCAAAGAAAACCAGGACUACUAAGAAACUAACCCUUGAACAGAGUCGGUACAUCAAGAGGUGGGAAUAUUUCAUUGCUGCAGAGGAAAUCAUGUGGGAUUAUGCACCUAUAAUACCAGCAAGUAUGGACAAAGUAUACAAAUCUCUGCACUUGGAUAAUUUCUCAAACCAAAUUGGAAAACAUUAUAAGAAAGUUGUUUACAGACAGUUUGAAGAUGAGAGCUUCACCAAACGCAUAGACAAUCGCAUUCAUCAUAAUGGGAUUUUGGGCCCUAUUAUCAGAGCCCAGGUCAGAGACACACUCAAGAUUGUGUUCAAAAACACGGCCAGUCGCCCAUAUAGUAUUUACCCUCAAGGAGUGACCUUCUCUCCUUAUGAAGAUGAAGUCAACUCUUCGUCCACCUCCGGAAACCACAGCAUGAUCCGAGCAGUUCAGCCUGGGGAAACUUAUACUUACAAAUGGAACAUUCUCGAGUCUGAUGAACCUACGGACAGUGACGCCCAGUGCUUGACAAGACCAUACUACAGUGAUGUAGAUGUCACCAGGGACAUUGCUUCUGGCCUGAUAGGGCUUCUUCUAAUUUGUAAGAGCAGGUCCUUGGAUAUGCGAGGCAUACAGAGGGCAGCGGACAUUGAGCAGCAGGCUGUGUUUGCUGUAUUUGAUGAGAACAAGAGCUGGUACAUUGAGGACAAUAUCAACAAGUUCUGUGAAAAUCCUGAAACAGUGAAACGGGAUGACCCCAAGUUUUAUCAAUCAAACAUAAUGAGCACUAUCAAUGGUUUUGUGCCUGAGAGUAUAAAUACUCUGGGGUUCUGCUUUGACGACACUGUGCAGUGGCAUUUCUGCAGUGUGGGCACUCAGGAUGAUAUCCUGACCAUUCACUUCACUGGGCACUCGUUUAUCUAUGGGAAGAGGCAUGAGGACACCUUGACCCUCUUUCCCAUGCGUGGAGAGUCUGUGACUGUCACAAUGGAUAAUGUUGGAACUUGGAUGCUGACUACCAUGAGUUCCAGUCCAAGUAGCAGAAAUCUCCGGCUGAGAUUCAGGGAUGUGAAAUGCAUCCGGGAAGAUGACGAAGAUUCAUAUGAGAUUUAUGAACCUCAUAAAUCGACACCCAUCGAUGUAAGGAAGAUACACCCUCCUUCAGAAAAUGAACUUGAGGAGACUGAUCCAGAUACUGACUACCAGGAAAACCUGGCUUCAGCAUUAGGAAUUAGGUCAUUCAGAAAUUUGUCCCUUGAUCAAAAUGAAGAUGAAUUCAAUCUCACUGCCCUUGCUCUGGAGAACAGCUCUGAGCUCAUUUCUCCAAGUACAGAUGUAGCUCCAGACUCCAAUUCUUCACUCUCAAGAACCAUUGUAAAUAGCUUCAAAGAAUCUCAGAAAACCCUUUCUAAUGCAGAAACCACCAUAGCUGGUCACCUCUUGGAACACCUCAGUGGCACAGACAAAAACCCAGUUGUUAACUCUUCUAUAGAGGAUUAUUCCAGCUCAUAUUCUGAAUAUGAGAUAGAAGAUCCUCUACUGUCAGAUGUCAGAGAGACAAGCCUACUAGGUGCAAAAGGAUUCAGAGAUGGAGAACAUGCUAAACACACAGAAUUCAGGACAAAAAGAAAGCAAUUAACAAAGAACAGGUUUCCCUGGAUGAAAUUACCAGCCUAUAAAAAUGAGAAACAUUCAAACCAAGACAAUACUUCUGCAAGAAUGGGAACCUGGGAGGAUCUUCCCAGUGUUCUGUUACUCUUAAAACAAAAGAAUCCAUCACAUGUUUUGGAUGGACAAUGGCAUGUGGUUUCUGAAAAAGGUAGCUAUGAAAUAAUCCAAGAUAAUGAUGGAGAUAUGGCUGUUAAUGAGUUUCUGACCAGUCCCCAGAAUGUCUCUAGCACUUGGAAAGAAAGCAUGUCACCUGAAAACAAGCCAGGAAAGCAGAGUCACCACCCGAAGUAUUCUGGAUUUAGAUAUAAAUCUCUACAAGUAGGACAGGAUGGAAAAAAUAGGGAGUUGAAGGAGAGACCAUUACUCAUCAGAACACGAAAAAAGAAAAGGGCACCAAAGCUUACAUACCAUAUUCCUCCCUCUCCAGUGGGCAUUCACUCCCUCAAAGGAGCACACUACACCACAUUUUCAGACACUAAACUUAAGCAAUCAUUGUUACUCUAUAGCUCCAAUAAAACAUCUCCACCCACAGACCUAAAUCAAACACUCCCCUCUAUCAAUGUCCAAAUAGGCUCACUUCCUGAUCAUACUCUGAGCCCACCAAAUGACACUGGUCAAACGAGCUUCCCUCCAGAUCUUUAUCAGAUAGUGCCCCCAGAGGAACAUAAUCAAACAUCUCUUAUUCAAGACCCUGAUCAAAUGCACUCCAUUACCAACACUAGUCACAUAUCUUCUCCUCCAGAGCCUAGCCAAAUGCUCAGCUAUGACUUAAGCCAGGAGUUAUACCCUGUUGACAUUAGUCAAUUAUCCCAUGCCCAGGAACAUGAAGCAUGGCCGCUACCUAUGUCCUCAGGGCUCAGUGAACCAUCUUCUCCUUCAAGCCAAGGUCAGAUGACCUUCUCCUCAGAGCUCAGCCAGAUGCCUCUCUCUCCAGAACUUGGUGAAGCCAAACUUUCUCCCAACUUCAGUCAGAUGAUCCCUUCCCCAGACCUCAUCCAGAUGCCUCUAUCCUCAGAACUUGGUGGGACUGGCCUUUCUCCAGACCUCAGUCAGAAGAACUUCUCCCCAGAACUCAGUCAGAUGUCCCUAUCUACAGAACUUGAUGAGGCCAGUCUUUCUCCAAAUCUCAAUCAGAUGUCUCUACCCACAGAACUUGGUGAAACUGGCCUUUCUCCAGACCUCAGUCAGAAGAACUUCUCCCCAGACCUCAGUCAGAUACCCCUCUCUCCAGAACUUGAUGAGGCCAACCUUUCUCCCAAUCUCAAUCAUAUGUCUCUAUCCCCAGAACUUGGUGAGACCAACCUUUCUUCAGAACUCAGUCAGAUGACCUCCUCCCCAGACCUCAACCAGAUGUCUACCCCGCAAGAACUCAAUGAGACCAGCCUUGCUCCAAGCUUCAGUCAGAUAUCCCCCUCCCCGGAUCUCAGCCAAAUGCCUCUAUCUCCAGAACUUGGUGAGACCAACCUUUCUUCAGAACUCAGUCAGAUGACUUCCUCCCCAGACCUCAACCAGAUGUCUACCCCCCAAGAACUCAAUGAGACCAGCCUUGCUCCAAGCUUCAGUCAGAUAUCCCCCUCCUCAGAUCUCAGCCAGAUACCUCUAUCUCCAGAACUUGGUGAGACAAAACUUCCCCACAACCUUAGUCAGACAACCUCCUCUCAAGAUCUCAACCAGAUAACUCUUUCCCUUGGCCUUAGCAAGGGAACUCUCUCUUCAGACAUUACUGAAACAACCCUUCCUCCAAAUUUCAGGCAAGCAUCACAUCCUUCAGACCUUGAUCAGAUAUCUCACCCUUCUGAGUCUAGUCUAUUAUUGCCUCUUUCAGAAUUUAAUCAGACUUCUCCUUAUCCAGACCUUGAUCACAUGCCACCAUCUCCUCUCCCAUCUCCCACAUUCAAUGACACUCUUAUAUUAAAUGAAUUUAAUCCACCGGUUGUAGUGGGCUUCAGUGGAGAUGAUGGAGAUUACAUUGAGAUUAUUCCACGGAAAGAAGUCAAAAUCACUGAAGAAGACUAUGCUGAAAUUGAUUAUGUGAACUAUGAUAACCCCUAUCAAACUGAUAGUAGGACAGAUAUCAACUCUUCAAGAAAUCCUGAUGACAUUGCAGCAUGGUACCUCCGCAGCAACAAGGGAAACAGAAAAUAUUAUUACAUUGCUGCUGAAGAAAUAUCCUGGGAUUAUGCAGAAUUUGCACAAAGUGCAAUGGACAAUGAAGACAGUGAUGACAUUAAAAAAGAUACCACAUACAAGAAAGUCGUUUUCCGAAAGUACCUGGACAGCACUUUUACCAAACAUGACCCUCGGGGCGAAUACGAAGAGCAUCUUGGCCUUCUCGGUCCUCUUAUUAGAGCGGAAGUGGAUGAUGUCAUCCAAGUUCACUUUAAAAAUUUGGCAUCUAGACCAUAUUCUCUUCAUGCCCAUGGCCUGGCCUAUGAGAAAUCAUCAGAGGGAAAGACUUACGAAGAUGACUCUCCUGAAUGGUUUAAGAAUGAUAAUGCUGUCCAGCCCAAUAGCAGUUAUACGUAUGUAUGGCACGCCACCGAUCGGUCAGGGCCAGAGAGCCACGGCUCAGCCUGUCGGGCUUGGGCCUACUACUCAGCUGUGAAUCCGGAAAGAGACAUCCACUCAGGCUUAAUAGGGCCCCUUCUGAUCUGCCGAAAAGGAACCCUUCACAAGCAAAGCAACAUGCCUGUGGACAUGAGAGAAUUUGUCUUACUCUUUAUGGUCUUUGAUGAGAAAAAAAGCUGGUACUAUGGAAAGUACAAAAGGACUUGGAAGGUUGAAUCUUCAGAAGUAAAAGACUCCCACAAAUUCCAUGCCAUUAAUGGGAUGAUCUACAACUUGCCUGGCCUGAGAAUGUACGAGCAAGAGUGGGUGAGGAUGCACCUGUUGAACAUGGGCGGCUCCCGAGACAUUCAUGUGGUUCACUUUCACGGCCAGACCUUGCUGGAGAAUGGCGCUCAACAGCACCAGUUAGGGGUCUUCCCCCUUCUACCUGGUUCAUUUAAAACUCUUGAAAUGAAGGCAUCAAAACCUGGUUGGUGGCUCCUAGACACAGAAGUUGGAGAAAACCAAAGAGCAGGGAUGCAAACACCAUUUCUCAUCAUAGACAAAGAUUGCAAGAUGCCAAUGGGCCUGAGCACUGGUGUUAUAUCUGAUUCACAGAUCAAGGCUUCUGAGCAUCUGCAUAACUGGGAACCCAAAUUAGCAAGAUUAAACAAUGGUGGAUCAUAUAAUGCUUGGAGUAUAGAAAAAAGCAGAUUAAAAAUUGCCUCUAAACCUUGGAUCCAGGUGGACAUGCAAAAAGAAGUUGUUCUCACAGGGAUCCAAACCCAGGGUGCCAAACAUUACCUCAAGUCUUGCUACACCACCGAGUUCUACGUGGCUUACAGCUCUGACAGUACGAGCUGGCAGAUCUUCAAAGGAAACAGCACAAAGAAUGUGAUGUAUUUUGAUGGCAAUACAGAUGCCACUACAAUAAAGGACAAUCAGUUUGAUCCACCUAUUGUGGCUAGAUAUAUUAGGGUAUCUCCAACGCGAUCCUAUAACAGACCUACCCUUCGACUGGAGCUGCAAGGCUGUGAGGCUAAUGGAUGUUCUACACCACUGGGAAUGGAGAAGGGAAAAAUAGAAAACAAGCAAAUCACAGCCUCCUCAUUUAAAAAAUCAUGGUGGGGAGAUUACUGGGAGCCGUCCCGUGCCCGCCUUAAUGCACAGGGCCGAGUGAAUGCCUGGCAAGCCAAGGCAAACAACAAUCAACAGUGGUUACAAAUUGAUCUGCUCAAAAUCAAGAAGAUAACUGCAAUUGUAACACAGGGCUGCAAGUCUCUGUCCUCUGAAAUGUAUGUGAAGAGCUACACCAUUCAAUACAGUGACCAGGGACUAGAAUGGAAACCUUACAGGCAGAAAUCCUCCAUGAUGGACAAGGUUUUUGAAGGAAACACCAAUGUCAAAGGACAAGUAAAGAACUUUUUCAAUCCACCAAUCAUUUCUAGAUUUAUCCGUAUCAUUCCUAAAACAUGGAGCCAAAGUAUUGCACUUCGCCUAGAACUGUAUGGCUGUGAUAUUUACUAGCACUGGAUAUUAAAAAAAAAAAAAAAAGAAGAGACUCUUUAUGACCUUAUAGUGUCUACAGUUGAUAGUGCAUUCUGUGACUAUUUUAAAUGUUAUAAUUUGUCUAUUAUUUCCUUUUUUCUAUUAUAUAACAAACUUUUAUAAUGUAACUUACUGCCAACAUGAAGUGAGAUGGUGGCUAUUAUUUGUAAAUUAAUUUGAAUAUUAGAUAAUAGAUAUCAAGAGGCAAUAAAAAUGACUUAUUUUUCACAAUGAUUAAAAUCCUAUAUAAAAUAAUAUUCAUGCAGCCAAUCUGCUUCAUUAUACUCUUUUAAAUCUUAUAUACAUUAAUAAAAGAGAUAAUUACUUUUGCAAAACAA